AUGUUGACCAAGGACUAUCUUAAUGCCCUCAACCGCUCGCAUCCCGAUGGCCCAGAGGAGGAUAGCAAUAACGGCGGGGCCACUGACGAGCCCUCGUCCCCUGCCCAGAAGCAAUCUGCCGAGGGGGGUUCCGUGCCGUUGAUCCAUGAGCAAUCGGUCUGCAAGAGCAAGGUGCCGCCCAAGCCGGAUGGAGAAUGCAGUGGUGGUGAGGACUGCGCCAACAUGCAUCCGGAGGAGGCUCUCAUGGAGCUGCUGUGGAUGAAGCUGGAGGAGAUGAAGAAGGCGUAGGCCCGGUUGCAGCACUCCGAGGCCAACAAGAGGGAGAUCAUGUCUCUGCUGUCGGGUCGAUCGAAGGUUGAUCGUGGACUGAACAAGAAACGCAUUGGUCUGAAUGAAUCAGGUCCUGGGUUUCGAGCCUUUGCAUCAACAGCCUCGGUGUAAAUGCCCGGUAUUAUAAAAUUGCUAUUCGUAGUUAAUUGAAGACUUCGAAGAAAAAGAGG